AUGAGCGGCGGUUCGCCCGCUGGAUCUAACGCAAGGACAUCGCCCAGCGGCAGCAGCGGAGGAGGAAGAGGCGGCGGAGGCGCCCAGCCCUCCGGAGCCGCGUGCCCGGCGCUCUCGCACCUGUCCCCGGAGGACCCCCUGCGCCAGGCCAACCGGCUCCCCAUCCGGAUCCUGAAGAUGCUGAGCGCCCACAGCGGCCACCUCCUGCACCCGGAAUACCUGCAGCCGCUCUCCUCCACGCCCGUCAGCCCCAUCGAGCUGGACGCGAAGAAGAGCCCCUUGGCGCUGCUGGCGCAAACCUGCUCGCAGAUCGGGAAGCCGGAUCCGCCGCCCGCUUCCAAACUCAACGCCGGCGCGGCCGCCGGGCUGUCUGGGCCGGAUAAGGAGUCGAGCGGCCGCGCCUCCGGGGCCGGAGCCGGCAGCUCCCUCGCCAAGCAACUGGGCGACGCGCCGGCCGAGGAUAAGUCGAGCUUCAAGCCCUAUUCCAAAGGCGGCGGCGGCGGAGGAGGAGGCGGCGGAGGAGGCGGAGGAGGAGAUCCGCGGAAGGACGGCAGCCUCCCGUCGAGCCAAGCCGGGCCGGGCGCGGAGAAGAACGGCUUCCGAGUGCCCAGCGCCGCCUGCCCGCCUUUCCCUCCGCUCUCCGCCGCCUCGUCCUCGUCCACCGCCUCCUCCACCUCUCCGGGCGGCUCCAGGGGCAAUUCCCCGCAGCAGGCGGACUGCCGAGGCGGCCCCGACGACAAGAAGGAGUCGGAGAUGGCGGCCAAAGGCAGCCCAGACGGCGCGCAAGGAGGCGGCGGCGGCGGCGGCGGAGGGAGCAGCCGCUCGGGCGCCGGCAGCGUGGAGCCCGGGGCGCCAAGCGAGCCGUCUUCUGGGCGCAAGUCGGAGCCUCCGGCCUUGGCGGGCCACGUGGCUCCGGUGUCUCCUUACAAGCCGGGCCACUCGGUCUUCCCUCUGCCCCCCUCCGGCAUCGGCUACCACGGCUCCAUCGUGGGCGCGUACGCGGGCUACCCUUCCCAGUUCGUGCCCGGCUUGGAUCCUACGAAGGGCGGCUUGGUGAGCGGCGGCCAGCUGCCGGGGGCUUUGGGGCUGCCGGGGAAGCCCCCCAGCUCCAGCCCGCUGACGGGGGCCUCGCCGCCUUCCUUCAUGCAGGGAUUAUGCCGAGACCCCUACUGCCUGAGCUACCACACCGCCUCCCACCUGGGCACGGGCAACUGCUCCAGCUGCGUCCACGACCCGGGCAGCUUGAAAAGCGCCUACCCUUUGGUCUACCCCAGCCACCCGCUCCACGGCGCCCUGUCCUCCGGCGCCACGACGGGCCUCUCCGGCCACUCGCUCUACACCUACGGCUUCAUGCUGCAGAACGACGCCCUGCCCCACAUAUGCAACUGGGUCUCGGCCGGCGGACCUUGCGACAAGCGGUUCGCCACCUCCGAGGAACUGCUGGCUCAUUUAAGGACCCACACGACUCUGCCCGGGGCGGAAAAACUUCUGGCUGGUUACCCUACCUCGGGGCUGGGCUCCGGGGCGUCGUGCCACCUCCACCUGCCGCCUGCCGGCCCCGGCAGCCCCGGUUCCUUACCCGGAUCUCUGUCGUUGAGAAGCCCGCAGACUUUGGGACUAAACCGCUACCAUCCCUACGGCAAGAGCCACUUGCCGACGGCCGGGUCCUUGCCGGUGGCUUCCUUGCCUGCAGCUGGACCCUACUACUCCCCCUACGCCCUUUAUGGCCAAAGACUAACCUCAGCUUCUGCACUUGGAUAUCAGUAACUCCAGCGGCCCCCC